AUGAAAUUUCCUACCUCCAUCGUGCGCUAACUGUUGGGCUUCUCUCUCACUCUCUCCUCUCGCUUUCUGUGCUCUCUGGUAAAAAGUACAAACGCGCGCGCAUCUUCCACCUCGCUCGCUCUUCAUCUCUCCUGUUUCUCUCCGUUGGAGCGUCGAAUCGCGCCAAUAAGAGAGAUGGCAACCCAGACAGCAAGUCCCGCCCAUGCUCCCAGUGCUCAAGUGGUUGGAAAUGCUUUUGUGGAGCAGUAUUAUCACAUACUUCAUCAGUCCCCAGAAUUGGUUUAUCGAUUUUAUCAUGAUUCUAGCAUGCUAAGCAGGCCAGAACCCAAUGGUGCAAUGUCGUCGGUGACAACCAUGCAGGCCAUCAAUGAAAAGAUCCUUUCCUUGGAUUACAAGGACUAUAAGGCAGAGAUACAGACUGCAGAUGCACAGGACUCUUAUGAGAAUGGUGUUAUUGUCCUAGUAACUGGAUGUCUUACUGGAAAAGAUAACGUGAGAAGGAAAUUCACUCAAUCAUUCUUUCUAGCUCCACAAGACAAAGGUUACUAUGUUCUGAACGAUGUUUUCAGAUAUGUUGAUGAAAAUGAAGCACAAGUCAUCAAUCCCGUGUCUGUUAAUGGUGUUGGUGCAAGUGCUUCAGCAGAUUCCCUGACCUCAGAUCCAGAACCAGCUCAUGUUCCUGAUCAUCCUGCACUGGACCAAGCAACUUCUCUCCCAGAGGAGGAUCUGAAUGAUGGCGAGGAGGUAUGUGAUCCAUCAGACAAUGAGGAAGGGUCAGUUAUUGAAGAAGAGGUUGUUGUUGAGCCCCCAGAUCAUUCGAGUCAGAGUGAAGUCCAUCCAGCCCCUGAAUCAGCUUCUUCUACUGUCCCAGAGGAUGCUCCUAAGAAAUCAUAUGCAUCAAUUGUGAAAGUAAUGAAAGGGAGUACAACACCUACAGCAGUUUAUGUACCUUCCAAUGCUGUAAGGACAGCAUCAGCAAACACAGAUCAACAGUCAUAUGGGUCUGCAGCACCUGCUUCAGUUUCUGAAACAUCAGUUCCUAGUAGCUACACAGCUCCUGAAAGUAGUAGUACUGCUCCUGAGGAAGUUGAGGGUCACUCGAUUUAUAUUCGGAAUCUGCCUUUGAAUGCAACGGUUGCACAACUGGAGGAGGAGUUCAAGAAAUUUGGGCAUAUUAAGCCUAAUGGUAUCCAAGUCAGAAGUAAUAAGGGCCAGGGGUUCUGUUUUGGUUUUGUUGAAUUUGAAUUGUUGAGUUCCAUGCAGAGUGCAAUUGAGGCUUCUCCUGUCAUAAUUGGAGGCCGUCAAGCUUUUGUUGAGGAGAAGAGAACUACAUCUCGAGUUACAAGUGGCAGCGGAAGUGGAAGUGGAAGGGGAAGUCGGUUCCCAUCUGGAAGGGGUGGAUAUAGAAAUGACAAUUUCAGGGGUCGUGGGAACUACAGUGGUGGCCGGGGCUAUGGCAGAAAUGAAUUUGGAAACCGAGGUGAAUUUUCAGGCAGAGGGAGGGGUCCAUCUGGACGUAGUGGAGAUGGUUAUCAGAGAGUGGAUCAGAAUGGGAAUGGAAGAGUUGGCCGUCAAGCUGGAGUAAACCAGACAGCUGUUUCUGCAUGAAAUUGUGUCUUUUGAGUUGGGAGAACAGAUUAAUUUUUCACGGAAAGGAGAUGGGAGUAUUCUGAGUUCUCAGUACAUACCGUGAAAGUUUGUGAUUAACAAAUUCAAGUUUGGAUGAGUUGAUUCUUUUGACUCUAGAUGAAGUUAACCUUUGAGAUGAGAAGGUAUCUCGAUGUAAUGUCUUUUAAAAUUUUGUGUCAAUCUUGUCUCGGCAGCAGGAAACGGAAACCUAUGCUAAGCUAACUUGUGCAAUACUCGAAAAUUUGCAUCUUUUAAAAGAUCCUUGCCAAUGGUGCUAUCAUUGUUGGAUAGUGCUAAAGUUUCUUGUGUAAACCCUGUUGUUCCAAUAAAUAUGAUAGCUUAAAUUUUCGGAA